CCUUCAUUAUUCUGAAGGUAUGGGGAAUAAUAUUCCAUUUUCCUACUCACCGGAACAAUUUUAAAUGCUACUGCGAUAGCAAAAGUUGCCUAUGGGAAGAUGGUUAAGCGAUUAAAGGGAAAGAGACGAUAUCAAAAUAAAGUACUGCGGAGGAAUUUUUUUCAUGCUGUGAGACGUCGGAGUGAGAAGAGUGGAGGCGAUUGAGAGGGGCUCAGGGAAUUGUCCUCUGUGCAAGGGACUUUCUUUAGGCCCCAGGCCCCUGCCCACCCCUAUCGUCAGCAGAUUCUAGGCUUGAAUCAUUUUGUUUUAGAGCAAGAAAGGAAUCCUAUCUACCUCCUUGAUAACGAAAGUGGAUUCCAAACAUAGAGAUGGAAACCUUGAUGACGAGCUCUACCCUGCCACCCCUUUUUGCAGAGGAAGAUGGCUCCAAGGAGAGUAAUGAUCUGGCCACAACUGGGUUAACCCACCCAGAGGUUCCAUAUAGUAGUGGAGCCACAUCAUCCACCAACAAUCCAGAAUUUGUGGAGGAUCUCUCCCAAGGUCAGUUGCUUCAGAAUGAGGCUUCAAAUACAGCAGAAGGCACUGAACAGAGGCAUGAAGAUGAGCAAAGAAGUAAACGAGGAGGUUGGUCCAAAGGAAGAAAGAGGAAGAAACCUCUUCGAGACAGCAACGCACCCAAAUCCCCCCUUACAGGAUAUGUUCGAUUCAUGAAUGAGCGUCGAGAACAGCUUCGAGCAAAAAGACCAGAAGUCCCAUUUCCAGAAAUCACAAGGAUGUUAGGCAAUGAAUGGAGUAAACUGCCCCCUGAGGAAAAACAGCGCUACCUUGAUGAAGCAGACAGAGAUAAGGAGCGUUACAUGAAGGAACUGGAGCAGUAUCAGAAGACUGAGGCCUACAAGGUCUUCAGUAGGAAAACCCAGGACCGUCAGAAAGGCAAAUCUCAUAGGCAAGAUGCAGCCCGACAGGCCACUCAUGAUCAUGAGAAAGAAACAGAAGUAAAGGAACGGUCUGUUUUUGACAUUCCUAUAUUUACAGAGGAAUUCCUGAACCACAGCAAAGCCCGGGAGGCAGAGCUCCGCCAGCUUCGCAAAUCCAACAUGGAGUUUGAGGAGAGGAAUGCAGCCCUGCAAAAGCACGUGGAGAGCAUGCGCACAGCAGUGGAGAAGCUGGAGGUGGAUGUGAUCCAGGAGCGGAGCCGCAACACGGUCUUACAGCAGCACCUGGAGACCCUGCGGCAGGUGUUGACCAGCAGCUUUGCCAGCAUGCCCUUGCCUGGAAGUGGAGAGACACCUACAGUGGACACCAUUGACUCAUAUAUGAACAGACUGCACAGUAUUAUUUUAGCUAAUCCCCAAGACAAUGAAAACUUCAUAGCUACAGUUCGAGAAGUUGUGAACAGGCUUGAUCGUUAGGGAAUGGUCUUAGAGCUCCGUGGUGUUCUGUGAGUGGUUUUACUUGUGAGGAAUGAGAAGCCAUCCAUGGAAAUUUGAACUGAGCGGAGGCAGAGAGGGGGCACAGAUUGCUCUGCUUGGGGAAGAACUGUCAGUUAGGAGCUAAAUGCCUUCACCCCGGGAAGCCAUGUGAGGGCGCAGCCAGAGGAACAUGGAUGCACUCUUCCUGUGGAACCGGCCUUGUGCAGCUUUGAAAGCGUACAGCCGCUCUCCCAAGUCUUCGGUUUCCUGUCAUCUGCAUUUCUGAUCAAGUGGGUCUGCGGAUAUUCUGCUGACCGGGCAACCCUGACACUGACAUCUUCUGCAGCAGAAAGGAAACCUUCUCAUUGUUCCCCUUCAGAUGGGACCCUUUUAUCUGUGGCUCCAGUUUUCUUACCUAGCUGUCACUUUUUUUUUGUAAUGCCUUUGGGGGUUAUUUUUUAUUUCCUUCACCCCCACCAAGUUAUACAUCUCCAUUUUCUGACCUCUGGGCUUUGUUGCUCAGCUGGCUCUGAAGGAGAGUUUCUCUCAUUGGACAGGCCCAGGCUUCUCCCAUCAUUGUCCUGCUGUGACUCCACAGAAAGGAGCUUCUUGUUGACAGUGUCCUGUGGAGCAGGCUGUGUUUCUUACCCCACAUGGCGCUCAGUGGGUGCCAGCCCUCAUCGAGGCUUUGUGAUUGCUGCCCUGAAGGAGAAUGCUCUUUCCUUCCUCCUUGGUACUGCCUGCUGUUUUCUAAGCAUUGCUCCUGCACAUACACGGUGUCCCAGCCCCAGCAAGGCUCUUCUGUUCCCAUCUGUUGGCAGUGUCUUGUGGAGCAUUUUCGCUGAGGAAAAGGUCACUGGUAAACAGGAGAGAAUGGGGAAAGUCGUUUCUGAUUUGGGAUUGGAGAAAAGGGGAAAAAAAACAAAACAAAACCCAAAGUCUAUCAUGAGGGAAAACUGAGGGAAUCCCUGUCUGCUUUAGGUGUACUGAUGCUCCGGUGGGGAUAGGUGGAAAUGUUCAAAAUAGUCUCUUGAGCUGACAAACAAGGGCACAGAGGAAUUUGUCUUUCCUCUGUAGCCACAACUGCAAAAUCUAUGUCAAAAGGACAGGCUUCCCUUCCUUUUCCCCUCUCAGUAAGUGAUUUUUUUAACACCACAAGGGGAGAGAGGUUUCUGAUUCUCACCUCAGGGUUUGGUUUUGUUUUGUUUUGUUUUGUUUUGAUGCUCUAGAGCACAAGGCUGACAGUUGCAGCUGAGAUCUUUGGAACCAAAGUGGGGCAUGCUGAGCCCAUUGUCUAGGCACCGUGCCACUGAAGCAGGUGGAAAUGUGUCCCCCUCACAAUCUGCUCAUAAGCCAGGGUGCAAGCCAGAAACCCCCUGUCGAGUUGCUGCCCCAUCCUGUCUUCUCAGCAUCUCCUUACCUGAUUUCUUUAUUAGCCCAAAGGAAAGAAAAUAACAACAAAAGCAACCUUUUUGCAAAAUGUUACGUGAGCACACAUCAAAUUUCCGUGCACUGAAGCCUACAUACAACCACUUGACAACUUCCUAGAAUAAGAGCCCAUCGUUCCUUGUUGCUAUAAACCUAGCUUGCUUUUCUGUAUUUUCCUGUUUUUCUGCCCUCGCCUGCUGUUCCUGUCACUUCUCUCAGACUCCUUGCCUGCUCAGUCCAAGCUAGAACACCGUGUGUGUGGCAGAAGGACAGCCAAGCCAGUUCUGGAAGUUUGCGCUUGCCUUCUGCCAGACACUUUGUCUCCUUUCUUCUUUCCUCCUGAUACUUGUCUCUUUCUCCUUUGUGUCAGUUUUGUGCACCUUUGUUAGCAGUGCUGUUGACCGGAAAGACUGCACCUUGGUCCAAAGAUUGGUUCAAAGAUCAUCAUUCUCCCGACUGUAGAUAGGACAUCUGACAUUGAUUUGAAACCUUUGCAUAUUCAGGAAUGUCCCAGAUCUUGGGAGAGAACUACAGUCUAAAACCAUUGUCACAAAAUACACAACCUGCUUUUGAAAUCCCGGCUGUCUCGGUAUCUACACACCUGACUCUGGUGGCUGGGAUUCAGCUGCCACAAAACUGUCAGACUCUGUAAAGCAGGUCUGUGUUACCCCCCCCCCCCAGGAGGGGGUGAAUGAGGUUACAGACUAACGCGGUACCUAAUUCAUGUUUCCCAAUAAACCAGUAGCUAUUCCUGCACACUUACAUGUUCUUCUCAAGAAAUUAGUUGUGGCCUAUUCAGUGUUACACAUUUCUUUUUUUUCUUUAAUUAAAACCCAAGGAGCAGCUGAGGAAAGUUAAGACAAAGUGUUUUAUUUCUGACAACAUUAAAUUUAAAAAAAAAAAAAAUUUGUGUACAUGUGUUUGGAACUGUUAAAAUGCCAAGUUUUCUGUACAAGUGUUUUUGUAAUUAAACUUUUAGAUUUUCUUUGUUUUUGAAGAAGUUGAUAUGCUUGCUUGACACUUGCCUCAUUAAAACUUUUCUACGUGGAAUCCAUCACCUCA